AUGAGAUUGAAUAUAUAUAAUCAGGUAAUAAAUUUGGGAAAUUCUUAAUCUCAUGAGAAUAAUUAUUAACUAAUUUAUAUCAUGAAAAUAAGAUUUAUACAGGAUAAAUUCGAUUUUCUGUUUAUAUAAAAACAAACCCAUAUUGAAUGUAAGUUAAGAUAUGAUAAAAUAUUGAGAUUAUAUUCGAGGUAAAAAAUUCACAGGCGACAAAUUUGUGUGAUUAUACAUCUUUGUUAGCGAAGAGGUAUUCAAAAUUUUAAAAUUAAACUUUGAAAAAUUAUGGCGGCAAGGAUUGGAGGAUUUUUAAUAUUUUUAUACAAAAACGAAAGAAGAUUUAAAAGAGUAUAAUUUUUGUAUUUUAUAGAAAAUUAUAAAUCAGAAUAAUGUAUAUGGAAAUAUUUAUUAAGUUUGAUAAAGGUAGGAUGGAUAUUUGGAUAAAGAUGAACUUUGUAGAUUUAUUGCCUGGAUUAAAUUGGUAUACCCUGAUAAAAAUAUAAAAGAAAAUAAAUUUAUCUAAUUUUAUAAUUUAGUUAAAUAAACUAUAUUUGAAUUCUUAAAGCCUUCUUACUGAACAUGAUUUUGAAAUAUUUCUCAAAACUGCUUUAAAAUAAUAAGAUACCGAUUAUUUGAAAUUAUUCUGA